CGCCUGGCUUUUGUCUCCCCUCUUUCCGCCAUGUCUCUCACCCGCACGACCCUUCGCCUUCGCGUGCCCGCCCGCGCGGCGCGCGCGUACGCCACCGCUGCCAAGGUGCGUAAAGUUCCACUGAGUGUAGGAGUGUGGGCUGAGAGCGAGGGCUGGACGGUGCUCCUCCUCGUAUGCUUUGGCUACAUAUCGGCCUGCCGGCGCGACGGCUACAGGCUUGUCACGGAUCUUGCCCGCUCCCAUGGUGCCAGUCCGCUUUCUCACCCGCUGCGUUUGCUGCUGCCGGCGCUAAUAUCAGCCCAACACCUCGUACACAUCGGCUACGCACCCCGACAAUGCGACGCCCGAGCCCACCAAGGCCAUGAUCAAGGAACAGCAGAACUACCUGCUGAACACUUACGCGCGCCCUCCAAUCCUCUUCACGCACGGCAAGGGGUGCACGCUUACCGACUCGGCGGGGCGCGAGUACCUCGACUUCAGCGCCGGUAUUGCCGUGACGGCAUUGGGCCACGCCGACGCCCAGCUGAACAAGGUCAUGGCGGAGCAGGCGGGCAAGCUGCAGCACGUCUCAAACAUCUACUGGAACGAGCACGCGGGCGAGCUCGCCAAGACGCUGGUAGAGAACACGCGCAAGGCGGGCGGUCUUGGCCUGGACGACACGACGGGCGCCAAGGUCUUCUUCUCCAACUCGGGCACUGAGGCGAACGAGGGCGCCCUCAAGUUUGCGCGCAAGUACGGCAAGGAUGUGGGCGGCGAGAAGAAGACGGGCAUCGUAUGCUUCAACAACGGCUUCCACGGCCGCUCGAUGGGCGCGCUCAGCGUCACCACCAACCCCAAGUACCAGACGCCGUUUGCUCCUCUCGUCCCCGACAUCCGCGUGGGCAAGUACAACGACGCGGACCCUGCUACGCUUGCGGCCCUCGUGGACGAGAGCGUAUGCGGCGUCAUCGUCGAGCCGAUCCAGGGCGAGGGCGGCAUCGGCACAGCCACGCCCGAGUUCCUCAGCGCUCUCGCUAAGCGCUGCCGCGACGUCGGCGCUGUUCUUAUCUACGAUGAGAUUCAGUGCGGCCUCUUCCGCACCGGCGACAUGUGGGCGCACAGCGCCCUGCCCAAGGAGGCGCACCCGGACAUUGUGACCAUGGCGAAGCCGCUCGCUAACGGUUUCCCUAUCGGUGCAAUCCUUGUGCGUGACCCCGUCGCCGAGGUUAUUGGCGUCGGGCACCACGGCACUACGUUUGGUGGUCAGCCACUCGCUUGCGCCCUGGGGGUGCACGUCCUCCAGCGUCUGAGCGCGCCCGCCUUUGCUGAGUCGCUCAAGAAGACUGCCGCCCACCUCGAUGCCCGCCUCAAGGCGCUCCCCGGCAUGUUCCUCAGCUUGCUCAAGGAUGAGAGCCGUGGCCGCGGGCUCAUCCGCGGCAUCCCAUUCAAGAACGAGAAGGCGCCCGCUGAGCUCGUUCGUCUCGCGCGUGAGCGUGGCGUCCUUCUGCUUACCGCUGGCUCUGAUGCCGUGCGCUGCAUCCCCUCCCUGAUCGUCACGCCCGAGCAGUGCGACCACGCCGUCGACGUCAUGGAGAGCUGCCUCUCGCUCAUGGAGAAGGACUUUUAGAUGGUUGUAGAAGCAUUGAGAUGACAUACGAUUGCUAGCAC